AUGCAUCUGUCUACUUUGUUCUCUUUUUCUCUCUCAGUGUGCUUUUUGUAUUUUUAUUCUUGUAUAUAUUGGGAAAUAAAGUAUACAUACAGCCCUCUGAAGCAAUUUAUUUUACAUAGUUAUAAAAAGAGAAAUAAAGCACUAGAGACAGGGAAAAGAAGAAAAGUAGCACAUCACAGAGAACCACCACUGGUCAGGCAUGAAGAGAGAAGAAAGAGAGAAACAGAGAGAGCAGCAUACUACAGGCAAAUAGAGAACGAAACAGGCAUUUAUUAA